AGAACACAAAACGUGUUAGCACUUUUUCUUUUCUAAAUAACAACUCUCCUUUUAUCAAAUAUACUUAUUUUAUCUUAUUCUUAUUUCACCAAUCCUCGUUACCAAACACACCCUAACUUUGGAGUUUAGAAAUAGCCAACAAAAGAAUAUCCGAAUAAUCGUAUAAGAAUGGUCACAAAUCCUGCUCCGUGUUGAAUUAUAUAAUUUUAUUCAAUACUUUGGGUCGCGAAAAAAACUCUAUAAAUACGCCUCAUAUACGUUUCUUCUGUUUCUUCAAAAGUCCCAACCAAGUCUUCUUCUCUCUCUUCUUUCUCUCUCUUCAAGCUUUUCCUUUCUUCAACACUCUCUCUCUCUCUAUACACAUUCUCUCUCUAGAAUUGACUGAAAUGGUGAACUCAAAUACCGAAUCGGUGAAAACAAUCAAAUUCCUCUACAGCUACGGCGGCAGAAUCAUCCCCCGCCCCAUUGACGGCAAGCUCCGUUACGUCGGCGGCUACACACGUGUCCUCGCCGUCGAUCGGUCGAUUACCUAUUCAGAGCUGAUUGUGAAAUUUGGGGAAUCGUGUGGUUCGUCGAUGAAUUUGACGUGCAAGUUACCGACGGAAGAUCUGGAUGUGUUGGUUACGAUUAAGUCGGAUGAAGAACUCCGGAUUGUGGUAGAAGAGUACGGAAGAGCCUCGCCGGAGGAGAAAAUCAGGGCGGUGCUUUUUCCGGUGAAAUCGCUGAAGAAAGUCUCUCCGCCGUCGUCUCCAAUGUCGUGUUUUGAUUUCCCCGCAGCCGCUCCCAAACCGCAGUUCAAAUCUCAGUCCGGUAAACCCUACCCUCGUCCGUCGUCUCCUAAGUCGUGUUUCGAUUUCCCCUCCGCUCCAAAACAGCAGUUCAGAGGUCAGUCCGCCGCCCGCAAUUACGUAUCCCGGCCGUUCGCCGCCGUUAAACCCUGUCAUUCUCCGGCCGUCGCGUAUCCCGUCGCCGCCGGGAGAACCUGGUGCUGUGAAUCGUCAACUCCAAACCAAUUUUACCAUUUGCCUCCCCGGAAUUAUUCUCGUUGAUAGUAUAUAUAAAAAAAAAAAAAAAAAACAGAUUUUACAAUUUUAGUGGUGGAGAUGCUGCUUCUUCUUUUUUUUUUUUUUUGGCAAAUAACAAAAGUGAAAGGGAGAAAUAUUAUCCAGUGACUUUUUAUACAUCUGUAAAUACUCAGUAGAGCUUGAAAAAUUCUUUGAUUCUAUAAAUCGGACUAUACAAAAAUUUUGGUCGUUGAAUGGUAAAUUCAUCGUUU